GAUACGAAAUGCUUGGGAGAGAGUGGCGCGGCGGGAGAGAGAGAGAGAGAGAGAGAGAGAGAGAGAGAGAGAGAGAGAGAGAGAGAGAGAGAGAGAGAGAGAGAGAGAGAGAGAGAGAGAGGAGAGAGAGAGAAGAGAGUAGCGCGAUGGGAGAGAGAGAGAGAGAGAGAGAGAGAGAAGAGAGAGAGAGAGAGAGAGAGAGAAGAGAGAGAGGAGAGAGAGAGAGAGAGAGAGAGAGAGUAGCGCGAUGGAGAGAGAGAAGAGAGAGAGAGAGAGAGAGAGAGAGAGAGAGAGAGAGAGAGAGAGAGAGAGAGAGAGAAGAGAGAGAGAGAGAGAGAAAGAGUAGCGAGGGGAGAAGAGAGAGAAGAGAGAGAGAGAGAGAGAGAGAGAGAGAGAGAGAGAGAGAGAAGAGAGAGAGAGAGAGAGAGAGAGGAGAAACGCGGCGGGC